GAGCAGCAAUUCUGACCGGCAGAUACCCGUACAAACUUGGGCGGCAGGGACACGUGCUGGAUCAUCUGGAACCCACUGGGCUAACAACGACAGUGCCGCUUCUGGCAGAGGAGCUGUCACACCUGGGAUACUCCACACAUGCUCUGGGAAAGUGGCACCUUGGAUACUGCAACUGGUCAUACACGCCAACAGCGCGAGGCUUCGACUCGUUCUCGGGUUUUUAUCUUGGCUCGCAGGACCACUACUCACACACUGCUUGGGUCAGCAAAGAUACGGGAGGCUUCGACUACCGUGCCAAUGCCAGCCCCGACUGGGAUGCUCGCAACCAGUACUCUUCGGCAUGCUGAAUGCACUAGACGAAGCUGUAGGAAGAAUCGAGAAGGCUCUUCUGCACUACGGAUACUGGAAUAACACGCUGCUGGUAUUUAGCAGUGAUAAUGGUGGACAAAUUCUUUUCGGCGGGAACAAUUGGCCGCUGCGGGGAAACAAGAACACCCUGUGGGAGGGUGGUACCCGAGUGCCGGCUUUCGUAGCAGGACCAGUACUCAAGAAGUCCGGCUACACAAACAACAAAGUAGUGCACGCGGUCGACUGGUUUCCGACCCUGUUGGACGCGGCCGGCAAGAGAGAUGAGCCCGGAAGCAUCGACGGAGUGAACCAGUGGAAGGUUUUGAGCGAGGAUGCAGCUCAAGUGCGCCACCGAUUCGUCUACAACAUCCGAAAGCGCGCACAUUUGGAAGGAGCGAUCAGAGACGGCGACUACAAGUUCAUCUUAGGUGACGCUGGCCACCCGAAUGGCUGGUAUCCGGAACCUGAUUUCGAUGAACAUUUUAAAAAGCAAGACUUCGGGAACAUAUCGCGUGCCCUCUUCAAUGUUCGCACCGACCCGGAAGAGAAGCAUGACCUGUCGUCGUCGCAGCCACAGCUCGUAAAGUUGCUCGAAAAACGGCUGCGGAGGCUCGCGCGCAGCAUGGUUCCCGAGGACAACCCAAGCGCCGAUCCACGCGGUGACCCUCGGCGGUGGGGCGGAGUGUACACGCCCGGGUGGUGCAUGCCGCGCAGGUAGCGCGGCAACUUCAAGUGACGAGUGCGCAGAUGUGACAGCUCUUCUGAGACGAGCCCGUGCCCCAGUAAUGAUGGAAAACGCGAGGAUAUUGAGAGACAAUAAAUACGUAUAGACACAA